UCCUCUCCUCUCCUGUGUUCUCUUCUCUUCAUCCCCCUCGUGCAAUCUAGAUUGAACCUUCGAUUGCAUUCUUCGCCGAACCCGAGGUGACGUUGCAAUUCGUGGUGUCCGGAACCUCUCGUCCGGGCGUCAUCUCCACCGUCCCGGCCACCUGUGCAUCAUCCCCUCCCCUCCGUUGCAUCCGAUCGGCUUCUGGCACAGCAGUACCGUCUGCAUCUCUUCUGCGCCCAUUGUGAGGGCACAGCUCGGCAGCCACUGCUUUUCAAUCUGCGACACCCUCUCCUCAUGGUCGCAAUCACCAUACUUUGCUUCCUGACCGGUCUGAUACCUUCCGCGCCGCGUGACUACUCCAGGUGAACUCUUAGCCGCCGGGUCAUCCACCCCCCCGGUUGAUAUAUACCAUUGACAUAUAUUGCUGGAAAUCGCGCACCGUGCGGGAAUCGUGCAUCUGUCCAACAUGGCUUCCGGUCCAACACAGUCCGCAUCGCCGUCUCCUUACCCAGGCGAUUCCGCUAGCAAUAACGGGAGCUCUGCGGACGCCUCCGUCGACCCUUCUUCGCUUCCGCAGGCCGUCAAAGCAAGAAAGGCCGAAUACACCCACCAGCAGACGAUACACAUCAAAGUUGGCACAUGGAAUGUGGCUGCCAUUUCAGGCACCGAGGAGGACAUUGGGAAGUGGUUUAUACAACAGAACGGCGUAUGCGAGCAAAUAUCCGGGCUGCGGGUCUCCGAUACGCAGGAGGGAACCAUUCCCAAAGACAAAGGGUCCGGGGAGAAAGAAACCCUAUCCGAGAUUGCGCCGGACAAGUUCGGUCUCUACGUGCUUGGGCUACAGGAGAUCGUAGAUGUCUCAUCGCCCGCGGAGGCCUUGAGGCCCUACGUUGAUCCGGCGCCGUCGAAUCGGUGGAAAGCCGCGGUCCAGAAAGCCCUACCCCCGGGCUACCAACUCGUCGCGGAGACCCAGCUGGUGGGGUUGCUGCAACUGGUUUACGCCGCGCCCUUCCUUGUUGACCAGGUGUCGUUCGUGAGCUGUACCAGUGUGGGCACUGGUCUGUUGGGGUAUAUGGGCAACAAGGGUGCUGUUGCGACACGAUUGAUGCUUGGUGAAACGACGUGCCUGGUCUUCGUCAACUGUCACUUGGCGGCCGGAUCCGACAAGAACAGUUUGGAACGGCGGAAUUGGGAUGCUUCGCAGAUUCUCGGACGGACCAAAUUUGAGCCCAUCGAUCCCAAUGUUGCACUCCGAGAAGAGCCGACGGAGAGCAUAGGGAAGGAGGACUUUGCCUUCUGGUUUGGAGAUCUCAAUUAUCGGUUGGAGGACAUUCCGGGUGAUGACGUGCGACAAGUCCUGGCCCGGCAUACAGUAAAUGAAUAUGACAAUAGACAUCAAAUUCAGCAUGAGCUCAAGAACGGUACCGCAUCAUCGCAGGUCUCAGAUGAAGCGGACGAGGAGGAGGACACAGGCAGUUCGCUCUCCGCCCUCUCAGACGAGGAUGUGGAUCCUCACACAGACCCGGCGUCUUUACAGACCACCAUCUCAUCACUUCUUCCCCAUGACCAGCUUCGGAUACAGCAGGAUAAACAAAAGGCUUUUCACGAGGGGUGGCGAGAGGGCCCGAUCACUUUUCUACCCACGUAUAAAUACGACGUGGGAAGUGUGGCGAGGUUUGAUUCGAGCGAGAAGAAUCGCGGGCCCAGUUGGUGUGACCGUAUCCUAUACCGAACCCGUCAUGACAAACUACGAUACGAAAGACUGGCCAAAGAAGCUGCAGAGGCCAGGAAACGCGACGAUGAAAUGAAGGCUAGGGGCGUGGAUAAGGCGGUUGCUGACGACAGUGUGUUGUUUGAUUAUGACCCCGACGUGGACGGUGCGGACAGUGGGGAGGAAUAUGAUCCAGACGGGGAUUUGAACGACGAGGCCUCAUUCGAUUCAGAUACCGAGACGGAUAGUCCGCUGCAGCUUGAGUCCUACGUCUCGCACCAAGGGAUCCUGUCGUCGGAUCAUAAGCCUCUAGCGGCAGCAUUUACGCUGACAUUUGACUCGGUGGAUCCGCAAAUGAAAGCUAAGGUACAUCAGGAAGUGGUUCGGGAGCUGGACAAGGUUGAGAACGAGUCCCGGCCCGGACUCACUGUUGUGGUGGACAACCACGGCAGUCAACCAACAAGUGAAGACCCCAAUGCGGUCAACUUUGGCGACGUGCCUUUUGAUGUGCCCGUCACCCGAUCGCUGACAGUCGCCAAUACCAGCGGUGUGCCUGCAACCUUCACACUGGAGAAGCCGGAACAAGACGCCUCCAACCGGAUACCCUCCUGGCUGGAUUACCGGGUUGAGCAACCGCAUCAUUCCAACUCGGACUCCGAGUCAAAGCAGAAGCUGCCGUCGCACGAGUGUACCCUACACCCCGGGGAACUCGCACACAUCGAGAUUACAGCAUGCGUUCGUGACAUCGAGCUGGCGCGUUCACUCAAUGGCGCGCAGUUAAGCCUCGAAGAAAUUCUCGUCUUACGAGUGGCCUGCGGCCGAGAUCACUUCAUCUCCGCGUACGGCAAAUGGCUGCCCACCUGCUUCGGACGCUCCCUGACCGAACUCACCGUCAUGCCUGAAACAGGUGCUCGUAGCCUGACUCCGGUCAAGGCAUCCCAAGACCGGAAGGAUACCCCGGGUGUGCCUUUGUCGGCUCCUCGGGAGCUGUUUCGAUUGACAGAAGCAAUAUCAGAAAUGUCAGAACGUGCCAUUGCUGAAUGGAGUAUGACAAGAGGUGAGGCCGAGGAGGAUACACCACCAUGGAUGAAAGAGCCCCUUGGCUUCGGGUGGCCCUUCGAGCCCGAAACUUGGACCUUAAGAGACGAAGACGAACGGUCGCGUCUAAACUCAUGUGCUCGCGAAGCACUCGACACAAACAAUGACUUUAGCUCUGUGUUUGCCCCGGAAGUAACUUCCCUUCAGCGUCUUGAAAUCCUCAGUGAGACGCUUCUGGCAUUUCUCCGGUCCCUGAAAGACGGUAUUGUGACCGGCACUGUCUGGCAGAAUCUUGACCAGCAGAUCCUCUCUCGUGAGAGAGCAAAAAGCCCACCUCUAUCCUGGGAAGACUCUCAGGCCUGGGUUCUCGAGAACCUCGCUUUUUCCCCCGCACACAGCGUCUCCUUCACCUUUGUCACCUUCAUGUUGGCCCGCAUCGCCAACGAAGUCGCCCCUACCUCCUCCAUCCCCAACCGCGGCCCCUCCGCCAUCUCAUCCGCAUCAUCCAGUGACGAACCGACGCAGAGCGCAACCACACAGAAACCAUCCGAGGAUGCACCGCCUGCGCCCUCCGCCUUCAUCGCAAGCAACAGCUUCCGUCGUAAAACCCGCACCUUCACCUCCUCCAUCUCCAGCAUAUCCGAACCCCCGCUUAGUCCAAUGGCCAUCCGUCGUCAGGCCGUGGAAACCGCUCUCGCAAAUAUAUUUGCGUCCGUCCUCAUCUCAGCCAACGUGCCUGUCCCGUCCAAGGACAAAGAUCGACGCGCCCUGGAAGACCGGAAACGGGGUAUUAUCGAGCCAUUUUUGAAGACGAUCGGGGUCGAUAAUAAGGGGCCUUCGGGGGGUGUUUCGUAGGCUGAUUUGGAUGGAUUAAGGACGGAAGGAAGGAAGGGUCUAGUGUAUAGUCUUCGUAUCAUUAUAUGUAUAGAAAUUCCACUUUGGAUCUCUGAUUGA